AUGGAUCAACUCUUGGGCCAACUGCCGCAGGACUCCAGCGUCACCUACUCGGAGAAGGUCAUCACCCUCACCCCCUCCGCCCCAGCCAACGGCGCGGCAGCCGGGGCCAAGGCGGCAAGCCCGACAGGCCCGCGCAAGUCGGCCAAGGGCGGUUUCGUGCCGGAGGGCGCCUACCCGCUUGACGGUGAGCGCACCGUGGAGAAGGCCAGGGAGCACUACGAACGCUGCACGCGCGAAAGCCUCGUCAAGAUUCACCAAGCCAAGUUUCCGACUGAGAGCGUGUCGCGGCAUGUGAAGCCGGACCUGAUUGCCGACAUACUUCAGAGGAUCACAUUGCCCACGUGGUCCAAGCCCGAUCUCAUUGCCGAGGCCACCAAGUACGACGUCAAGAUCGGCGCACGGACCACGAAGGACCAGCUCGCCCUGGGCAUCGUGACCCAGCUCAGGGCUCGAGGCCUCAUCAAUGCCAAGGCGAGAGGGGUCGCCGCUUCACCAUCAUCGACGGCGUCAUCUUCAUCAUCGUCGUCAUCCGCAGCCACUCCGGCCGCACCCGCAGUGCCCACGCCCGGCGCCGUGCUUGCACCGGCGCCAGCCCCGAUAGCGAGCCAGCCGAGCGCCCAGGCCCAGACUACACUCACCAGGCCGACACCACCAACCGCUCAGUCGCUGUUCACCACUCCCCUCGAGCUCGCGCCCGCGCCGCCGACCAGCAGUUCGUCAUCUCCGUCGUUGUCGUCGUCUCCUCUCGGUAGCGGCGGACGCAGCAUGGUGAAGGAGGAGCGCAGCUCGAAGCGGAAGGAGAAGGACUCAAGCAAGGAGAAAGAGAAGGAGAAGCGUCCGCGCAAGAAGUCCAAGAACACCGACGCAACCGCUACUCCAACGGACGACCAGCUGGGCGCCGGGCGUACGUCGCAGCCUUCGUUCGUAAUCGACGUGGUGUCGCUUGUGGACCAGGUCAAGCGCUCCGGCUCGGCGCCGCCGGUCGCCACCGACCCGGCCAACCUGGAGCCCGAGCGCGCGAUGCGCCUGCAGACGCUCGACUUGAUCGAGCUGCUGCUCAACGUGGGCGCUACGGCGCCCAACGACAUGGCAUUCCUCGCGGGCCAGCUCAAGCCGCACAUCCAGCGCGAGAAGGCCGCGCUGGCCAGCGGCACUCAGUGGGUAGACGCCCAUAAGCGCACGCUGGAGAAGCGCCAGCUCAAGCGCAACCGGGACAAGGCCCAGCGCAAGCUGGAGCAGGCCCAGGCCGCCAUGGCCGAGUGCAACCAGCAACUGGCCUCCCUACGCGACGCCUGA